AUGUCAAACUACACUCAAGUCCUUGUUUAUGCCGCCAAUAAUGUUGGUUCCAAUCAGCUGCAAAACAUUCGUCAUGGUCUUUGCGGAGAUUCUAUUAUGUUGAUAAGGAAGAAUACCAUAAUGAAGUGUUCAAUAAGGAUGCAUUCCGAGAAAACUAGAAACAAGGCUUACCUGAAUCUAAUCAAUCUACUUGUUGAGAAUGUCGGCCUAAUCUUCACAAAGGAAUACUUGAAGGAAGACAGUGAAGAAGUUUCCAAGUACAAGGUCGGAGCUCCUGCGCGUAUUGGACUCAUGGCUUCGGUGGAUGUGGUUAUUCCACCCGACAACACUGGUCUCGAUCCAUCUCCGACCUCUUUCUUCCAGGUUCUCAACAUUAUCACCAAGAUUAACAAAGGUAAGUGGAAAUCAUCACCCCUGUUGAGCUCAUCAAGAAGGGUGAUUGAAAAGUUUGCUCUUGGUGUCUUCAUGGUCACUUCUCUUGCUUUGGCUAUCCACUAUCCAACCAUUGUAGAUGCUCCACACAUAAAUUUUGCUACUGGUGCUCCAACUGUUGUUGCCUCCUCUGUCGGUGGUGCUCUGACAGCUACUGUUGUUGCUCUAGUGGAAGAGAAAAAGGAAGUAACGGUAAAUGAGAGUGAAGAUGGCAAAGAACAAAGAUAG